UUAGACGUUACACCGUGUACAUUUCCCCUCAAACAAGCGAACUCAUUCAAGGGUCUGUAGCCGAAGGUAAACGAAUCUAACUUGUGAAACUACUCAGGAGGACUUUGUGGUCCUGUGUCUAACCGUCAAACAUGUUUCUGACGAGAUCGGAAUAUGACAGAGGUGUGAACACAUUCUCUCCUGAAGGAAGAUUGUUCCAGGUUGAAUAUGCCAUCGAGGCCAUUAAAUUGGGCUCCACAGCCAUUGGUAUCCAGACAACAGAGGGGGUGUGUCUGGCUGUGGAGAAGAGGAUCACCUCUCCCCUGAUGGAGCCCAACAGCAUUGAGAAGAUCGUGGAGAUUGACACCCACAUUGGUUGUGCCAUGAGUGGCUUGAUAGCUGAUGCUAAGACUCUAAUCGACAAAGCGAGAGUGGAAACACAGAACCACUGGUUCACUUAUAAUGAGACGAUGACAGUGGAGAGUGUGACUCAGGCUGUGUCCAACCUGGCCCUGCAGUUUGGAGAGGAGGAUGCUGACCCUGGUGCUAUGAGUCGACCAUUCGGUGUGGCACUUCUGUUUGGGGGAGUUGAUGAAAAAGGGCCUCAGCUGUACCACAUGGACCCGUCAGGAACCUUUGUGCAGUGCGAUGCACGGGCCAUCGGCUCAGCGUCUGAGGGAGCACAGAGUUCUCUGCAAGAAGUCUACCACAAGUCCAUGACAUUGAAAGAUGCCAUCAAGUCAUCCCUUACCAUUCUGAAGCAAGUGAUGGAGGAGAAGCUCAAUUCAACCAACAUCGAGCUGGCAACAGUUGAGCCCGGGAAGACUUUCCACAUGUAUUCCAAAGAGGAGCUGGAAGAUGUAAUCAAGGACAUCUAGAGCAGAGAAGACUCUACAAGUCUCUGUUUGAGAUCUAGACAGAGGAGGAGAGGAUGUAAAUUUACACCUGGGCUGAAUGUCUCAACACAACCACAACUUCUCAUCAGGACAUUCUCCUCAUCUUUUUCGAUUGCAUACGAGGGUUAUCUUUGUAACGUGAUAAUUGAAUUCUUUUUUCUCACUAUCUGAACAGUCCUGUACAGAAGUCUGACCAACAUAGAAAAUGGGGGGGUGGGGCUGGGGCUAUUUUUUUGUUAUAAAUCAGAACUACAAUUAAACUGUUGUAUUCAGAAAGUGAUGUGAUUGCUUUUUCUGUGUGUAUUUCUUGUGUUUCAAGGAUGCUAGUCCCCUGACGCCAUUUUCAUAGUUUUCACGUGACAGAAAUCUAUGAAUAUCCAGAGUUAGUCAAUACAGUUCAAGUAUUAUACUUGUUAGAUCACUAUUUGUAUCACUACACACAAGAUUAAAAAGUCAUGUGCAAGACGGUGCAUACACGCUGUAAGAUCUUUUGCCACAAUUACAAGUUGCUCUCCACCUUUAUUUUCCAGGUUAUUAAUGGCUUAUUAUUAACCUGUAAAGCAUCAGUCGAUUGUUUAUAGAUAAUAAAUAUAUGGCUUCACAGAA